AUGGACCAAAAACAAAACUCACGGGGGAAAAUUAAUCUGAUGAACCUUGGGACCGCACCAGGACCAACUCGACCCAAACCUCAGGGGAGGGAACAGUGGGCCAGUAAGGUGGAGUUCAUCCUGGCAGCGGCUGGACACCUUGUUGGGCUGGGAAACGUCUGGAGGUUUCCAUAUCUUUGUUACAAAAACGGAGGAGGGGCUUUCCUCAUUCCUUAUUUUUUGUUCUUGUUCACCUGUGGCAUCCCACUCUUCUUCCUGGAGACAUCUUUGGGCCAAUACACCAGUCAGGGUGGAAUAACAUGUUGGAAGAAAAUCUGCCCUCUUUUUGAAGGUAUAGGUUAUGGAGGCCAAGUGGUUGUUUUCUACACUGGGGUGUAUUACAUCAUCAUACUGGCUUGGACGUUUCUCUACCUGUUUUCAUCGUUCAAGUCUGAGCUUCCAUGGGCGAGCUGUCACAACAGCUGGAACACAGACACCUGUUUCGAGCACAAUCAAACGUCCCCUCUGCUCUUGUAUGGAAAUAGUUCAUCUUCAGUUGUGGAAUUUUGGGAGAGGAGAAUCUUGGGUCUGUCCAGUGGAAUGGAGAAAAUUGGAAAUAUUCGUUGGGACUUGGCCCUUUGUCUACUUCUUGCCUGGACAUUGUGUUACUUCUGUGUCUGGAAAGGAGUGAAGUCCACAGGAAAGGUGGUCUACUUCACUGCCACAUUUCCAUAUGUAAUGCUGGUGGUGUUGUUUGUUCGUGGUCUUACAUUACCAGGGGCCAAACACGGGAUUAUGUUCUACCUCUACCCAGACCCAUCCCGCCUCACGGACCCACAGGUAUGGAUGGACGCUGGCAGCCAAAUUUUCUACUCCUAUGGAGUUUGUACAGGUGUUCUGACAUGUUUAGGAAGUUACAACAAGUACAGCAACAACUGCUACAGAGACUGCGUUUACCUGUGCCUGCUGAACAGUUUCACCAGCUUCGUAGCUGGCUUCGCCAUCUUUUCUGUGCUUGGUUUCAUGGCGAAGGAGCAAGGUGUGGAUAUAUCGAUGGUGGCUGAAUCAGGUCCAGGUUUGGCAUUUAUUGCAUACCCUCGAGCUGUGUCUCUAAUGCCACUUCCUCAGCUCUGGGCUGUUGCCUUCUUCGUUAUGGUGAUCUUCCUGGGAUUAGACAGUGAGUUUGUUUGUCAAGAGGCAUUGGUCACAACCAUCUCCGACAUGUAUCCCUCAUUGUUUCAAAGCAACUGUCACCGUAAACUCCUCCUUCUUGCCAUUAGCGCUGUAAGUUUCUUAGUCGGCCUUCUGAUGGUUACAGAGGGAGGCCUUUAUAUUUUCCAGCUGUUCGACCACUACGCCUGCAGUGGGAUGACACUACUACUUUUUGCUAUUCUCCAAUCUCUCUGUAUUGGAUGGGUCUAUGGUGCAGAUCGUCAAUAUGAUAAUAUAAAGGACAUGAUUGGAUAUCAACCGUGGCCUGUUAUGAAAUAUUGCUGGCAGUACUUCACACCAGCUAUCUGUACUUGCACAUUACUCUUCUCAGUGGUCAAAUAUUCUCCACUCAAAUUCAGCAACACUUAUGAAUACCCCUGGUGGGGCUACACCAUUGGAGGAUUUUUUACUCUCUCGUCAACACUCAUGGUUCCUCUGUGGAUGCUGUAUGCUGUGAGUGUCACUCCAGGAACACUGAGACAGAGGCUGAACGUUCUGUGCACCGCAGCAAAGGACUUACCUAAUGCAAGGUUCAAGAAAGCAUCAAACCAUGAAGCGUUCCAGACUUUCACAGGCUUGUACACACUACGCAAGACAGAAAACCCUGACAGCAGAGAGGGCAGAGCUCAGAGGACAUCUGUCGUUUAA